AUGCAGGUGUUUGUGGUUUUGGCGCAGCAUAGAGAACAUAAACACCUGAGUGUCGAUGUGGAGGAGGUGAGUGUAGAUGAGGAGGAGGCGGUGAGUGUAGAUGAGGAGGAGUCGUUGAGUGUAGAUGAGGAGGAGGCGGUGAGUGUAGAUGAGGAGGAGGCGGUGAGUGUAGAUGAGGAGGAGUCGUUGAGUGUAGAUGAGGAGGAGGCGGUGAGUGUAGAUGUGGAUGAGGCGGUGAGUGUAGAUGAGGAGGAGUCGUUGAGUGUAGAUGAGGAGGAGGCGGUGAGUGUAGAUGAGGAGGAGGCGGUGAGUGUAGAUGAGGAGGAGGCGGUGAGUGUAGAUGAGGAGGAGGCGGUGAGUGUAGAUGAGGAGGAGACGGUGAGUGUAGAUGAGGAGGCGGCGGUGAGUGUAGAUGAGGAGGAGGCGUUGAGUGUAGAUGAGGAGGAGGCGGUGAGUGUAGAUGAGGAGGAGGCGGUGAGUGUAGAUGUGGAGGAGGCGGUGAGUGUAGAUGAGGAGGAGGCGGUGAGUGUAGAUGUGGAGGAGGCGGUGAGUGUAGAUGAGGAGGAGGCGGUGAGUGUAGAUGAGGAGGAGGCGGUGAGUGUAGAUGUGGAGGAGGCGGUGAGUGUAGAUGAGGAGGAGUCGGUGAGUGUAGAUGUGGAGGAGACAGUGAGUGUAGAUGUGGAUGAGGCGGUGAGUGUAGAUGAGGAGGAGGCGGUGAGUGUAGAUGAGGAGGAGGCGGUGAGUGUAGAUGAGGAGGAGGCGGUGAGUGUAGAUGAGGAGGAGGCGGUGAGUGUAGAUGUGGAGGAGGCGGUGAGUGUAGAUGUGGAGGAGACGGUGAGUGUAGAUGAGGAGGAGGCGGUGAGUGUAGAUGUGGAGGAGGCGGUGAGUGUAGAUGAGGAGGAGGCGGUGAGUGUAGAUGAGGAGGAGGCGGUGAGUGUAGAUGUGGAGGAGGCGGUGAGUGUAGAUGUGGAGGAGACGGUGAGUGUAGAUGAGGAGGAGGCGGUGAGUGUAGAUGAGGAGGAGGCGGUGAGUGUAGAUGUGGAGGAGGCGGUGAGUGUAGAUGUGGAGGAGGCGGUGAGUGUAGAUGUGGAGGAGGCGGUGAGUGUAGAUGAGGAGGAGGCGGUGAGUGUAGAUGAGGAGGAGGCGGUGAGUGUAGAUGAGGAGGAGGCGGUGAGUGUAGAUGAGGAGGAGGCGGUGAGUGUAGAUGUGGAGGAGGCGGUGAGUGUAGAUGUGGAGGAGACGGUGAGUGUAGAUGUGGAGGAGGCGGUGAGUGUAGAUGUGGAGGAGGCGGUGAGUGUAGAUGUGGAGGAGGCGGUGAGUGUAGAUGUGGAGGAGGCGGUGAGUGUAGAUGUGGAGGUGACUGUGAGUGUAGAUGUGGAGGAGGCGGUGAGUGUAGAUGUGGAGGAGGCGGUGAGUGUAGAUGUGGAGGAGGCGGUGAGUGUAGAUGUGGAGGAGGCGGUGAGUGUAGAUGUGGAGGAGGCGGUGAGUGUAGAUGUGGAGGAGACGGUGAGUGUAGAUGUGGAGGAGGCGGUGAGUGUAGAUGAGGAGGAGGCGGUGAGUGUAGAUGUGGAGGAGGCGGUGAGUGUAGAUGUGGAGGAGGCGGUGAGUGUAGAUGUGGAGGAGGCGGUGAGUGUAGAUGAGGAGGAGGCGGUGAGUGUAGAUGUGGAGAAGGCGGUGAGUGUAGAUGUGGAGGUGACUGUGAGUGUAGAUGUGGAGGAGACGGUGAGUGUAGAUGUGGAGGAGACGGUGAGUGUAGAUGUGGAGGAGGCGGUGAGUGUAGAUGUGGAGGAGGCGGUGAGUGUAGAUGUGGAGGAGGCGGUGAGUGUAGAUGAGGAGGAGGCGGUGAGUGUAGAUGAGGAGGAGGCGGUGAGUGUAGAUGUGGAGGAGGCGGUGAGUGUAGAUGUGGAGGAGACGGUGAGUGUAGAUGUGGAGGAGACGGUGAGUGUAGAUGUGGAGGAGGCGGUGAGUGUAGAUGUGGAGGAGGCGGUGAGUGUAGAUGUGGAGGAGACGGUGAGUGUAGAUGUGGAGGAGGCGGUGAGUGUAGAUGUGGAGGAGGCGGUGAGUGUAGAUGUGGAGGAGGCGGUGAGUGUAGAUGAGGAGGAGGCGGUGAGUGUAGAUGUGGAGAAGGCGGUGAGUGUAGAUGUGGAGGAGACGGUGAGUGUAGAUGUGGAGGAGACGGUGAGUGUAGAUGUGGAGGAGACGGUGAGUGUAGAUGUGGAGGAGGCGGUGAGUGUAGAUGUGGAGGAGGCGGUGAGUGUAGAUGUGGAGGAGGCGGUGAGUGUAGAUGAGGAGGAGGCGGUGAGUGUAGAUGAGGAGGAGGCGGUGAGUGUAGAUGUGGAGGAGGCGGUGAGUGUAGAUGUGGAGGAGACGGUGAGUGUAGAUGUGGAGGAGACGGUGAGUGUAGAUGUGGAGGAGGCGGUGAGUGUAGAUGUGGAGGAGGCGGUGAGUGUAGAUGUGGAGGAGACGGUGAGUGUAGAUGUGGAGGAGGUGGUGAGUGUAGAUGUGGAGGAGACAGUGAGUGUAGAUGUGGAGGAGGCGGUGAGUGUAGAUGAGGAGGAGGCGGUGAGUGUAGAUGAG